ACUGGCAGAGGGAGGGAGACUGCAGGGGAAGAAGACACACCUCACCAACAGAGUGUGAGAGAGCCACCUGCAAACAGAAAGAUCCGGGAGAGUGACAGACAGGAGGAUAGAAAGAGAGAAAGCAAGAGUCUGAUCGGAAAGAAAAACAGAAAGGGAGUAAGGAACAGAGAUACCUAAGGAAUAAGUAAAAAGAACAGUUGGUUGAAGGAGUGAGAGGUGCAGAGAAAGUGUGAGGAGGGGAGGGUGAGAAAGAGGAGCAGACAGGCUGUCAUCCCCAGUGUCUCUUGACCCUGCACACCGAGAUGGCAUCCGCUACUGAUACACGCCAGCCACAGAAAGAUGCUGCUGACCAGAGCUUUGAUUACAUGUUCAAACUCCUGAUCAUCGGGAAUAGCAGUGUUGGCAAAACCUCUUUCUUGUUCCGCUACGCCGAUGAUUCCUUCACGUCAGCCUUUGUUAGCACAGUAGGGAUUGACUUCAAAGUCAAGACCGUUUAUAGGAAUGAGAAGAGAGUCAAACUACAGAUCUGGGACACAGCUGGUCAGGAACGAUAUCGUACAAUCACUACUGCCUAUUACCGCGGGGCCAUGGGCUUCCUGCUAAUGUAUGACAUCUCAAACAUAGAUUCGUUCAAUGCUGUGCAGGACUGGGCGACUCAGAUUAAAACAUACUCCUGGGACAAUGCACAAGUCCUUCUAGUUGGAAACAAAUGUGAUCUAGAAGAUGACAGAGUAAUUCCUGCAGAGGAUGGGCGCCGACUUGCUGAGGAGCUAGGGUUUGAAUUUUUUGAGGCAAGCGCAAAGGAGAACAUAAACGUAAAGCAAGUUUUUGAACGCCUUGUGGAUGUCAUCUGUGAAAAGAUGAAUGAAAGUUUGGAAAAUGGACCUGUCACAGGAAAUGCCAACGCUCAGCUAAGCGAAAAUGCUCCAAAGUCCCAGGGCAACUGCUCCUGUUAAAUACCCAGCUCAACAAAGAUUAUAAACCUAUGUCUGGGACACUACUCGUUACACCUCAAUCUCAGACAACAUAGCGCUGCUCUUGUAUGACAGAGCCAAGUGGGAGAAGGGGCAGAAUAUUUUCUCUUUGACCAAAUAUCAGUGACUUGAAAGGGGCGGUGUGACUACUUUUGUUAAAUUCCCAUCUAACAAUGAUUGCUUGAGGGAGAGGAGUGUCCCACUUCUAAUGUAUGGCCCUAUUUAGACAAACAUUGUUACAGAGAAAUAGUUACAUAGACAGUGACACCCACAAAACCAAGUGCAAUUCAAAAUCAAUAUGAAGAAACAUCAGCUGAAAUGAUGUAGUUAUUAAAAGUUGUCCCAAAACCAGACACAAUUUGACAGGAGCUCCUUAAACACUAAACUCCUCUCUUCUAGAAGCAAUGGCAACCUGCACAUUCAGAGAAGGGGUUGUUUGACUGUCCUUUAUAGUGCCAAAGAUACACACCCUAUGUGACCUUACAUAUAUCUCACUGCUGUAAGGGAGGUACUUGCAUAGCAUUGCUCUGCAUGCGAUUGUUUAACUUCCAGCAUGCCAUGUUCUGUAUAAAGGAGAAGGGGAAAAAAAUCUUGCACACUGUUGGAAAUGUCUGGGUGUAUAUCCCUGCUUAUUCUGUAAAAAAUAUAAUUAUGAGAUGUUUACAUUUUUUUAAAAUAAAAGGAUGUCUCCUUUUAUUAUUACUAUACACUACUGUGUUGCUGUUAAGAACGCUAUUUCUGUGUCCUGAUACCUGUGCAUUAGCAGGAAUGAUAAGGUGUGUAUUGAUGCUUGUGUAUUAUUAUGAUGUGAGAGAUUUGUUUAUUAUUAUGAUGUAAGAGAUUUAUAUCUUGUAUUUUAGGAAAAGGUGGAAGCUAUAUGUUCAGAUGUCUAUAAUAGAAGGAAAUGAGAAUCGCUGCUCUCGGUGUAAUAAGUAGAAAGUACAUCUCCUGAUGUAUGUUUAUUAUAAUGAAAUUAGAGGUAAUUUCCAGGUGACUUCAGCCUGUGAUUAUGAAAUGUGAUAUGUUACUCAUAGUGUGACUUUUUACCUCGUGUUAAAGUUGCAUUGUAAGCUGCCUUUAGGCAAAAUGUAUCUAUCCUUUAACUUUGUGACAAUAAACACCAAUAUAACUCUU